AUGGCCGUCGACUUCGGUCUUUCUCCCGAUGGCAUCGAGAGCCAGCUAGCUACUAACCAUCUGGGGCAAUUCCUCUUCCCCAAAUUUAUCAUGGCUGAAAUCCUUGAAUCGGAGAGCCCGCGAGUUGCCAAUGCGAGUAGUGAUGGACAUCGGUUCAGCCCCAUGCGGUUUGGGGGCUACAACUUCAGUUGGUACGCAAACGGCCUGUCCAAGACGACCAACAUCCUCAUGGAUGUAUCGCUGGCUGAGAAGCUCGGUGAGCAUCGUGGGUUGUUGGUUUUCAGUCUGCAUGCUGUCGUUGUUCUUAACCACGUCGGCGCGCAUAUCGAGUGGACAACCGACUUUAGCCUGCCUAAGUACUCCUCCGCCAUAUAA